GCGGGAAAAGUCAAUAUCAGUGUUCCGUUCAUCUAACGAGAGGAUUUUAUCUCAAAGGAGCAAACGUUUGUUUCCUGUGAUAAGCGUUAAACCACACAGUGUUGAUCCACAUAAUGGGAUGUGCCACCGCGUCGCUCCGCUGCUUUAAGCCCCGCGGCAGGUCAACAUAUUGAACGCAGGAGGCGGCGCGACAUGGACCGAGUCUCCUACUCACCGCCGCUCGGAACUCGUCAUUUUCCCGUCGGAGAAGACGCAAUCACAGCCACACGUGGAUGUUAGCGGACCGAGAGGAUCCGGUGGCCUAGGGGCGCGUUGACUGCUCCGAACCCGAGAAGGUUCUUCCCUCGCCGAGACCAUCCGGACCACUAUCCACGCGCCGCGGCCACUCCGCAUCCCGCUAUGCCCGUGACAGCGACACAAAGCCCGGCCUCCGCUCCCCGCACAUGCACGCCGGCAUGGGUGCGUCCACACGCUUACCGCGCGCUAUUUCGCAGAUGAGGAUUUGGAGCGCGGUUGCGCAAUGAGGAGAUCUGGAAUCAAGUAAGACUUUUAUUGAUACAUAAUCCGACAAUAUGGCCGAUCAGAGCAACAUCCAAUCCGCCGCUUCCAAGAGCAUACGGCCCUUUAAAUCCAGCGAGGAGUACCUGUACGCUAUGAAGGAGGACCUGGCGGAAUGGCUGAACACCCUCUACGAUCUGGACCUGAGCGCUGACACCUUCACGGAAGGCCUGGAGACGGGUUGCGCCCUGUGUCGGCACGCCAAUAACGUCAACCGAGCCGCCCAGGACUUCCAGCUGGAGUACCCCGAGGCGGCCCAGUCCAUGAAGCUGCCCCGAAAAGACGUCGUCUUCCAGUCCCGCAACGUCACCGCGGGCUCCUUCUUAGCUCGGGACAACGUGUCCAAUUUCAUCAGCUGGUGUCGGCGGGAGCUGUGGAUCAAGGACGUGCUCAUGUUCGAGACCAACGACCUGGUGGAGAGAUGCAACGAGAAGAAUUUCGUUCUGUGCCUGCUCGAGGUGGCGCGACGCGGAGCCAAGUUCGGCAUGCUGGCCCCCAUGCUCAUCCAGCUGGAGGAGGAGAUAGAGGAGGAGAUCCGGGACCACCAGGGCAGCCUGCAGGUGGACCCCGGGGAGCCGGAGGUCCAGAGCACGCCCACCAGGUGCUUCGGGCGCAGUGAGAGCAAACACAGCGUAGAGGACGAAGCAGAGCCGGAACCUUUCGUGUGGCCCCAGAAGAGAGUUUUAUGUGACAUGAGGAAUUUGGACGAGCUGGUCCGUGAGAUUCUGGGCCGCUGUUCCUGUCCAGCUCAGUUUCCCAUGAUCAAGGUGUCCGAAGGAAAGUACAAAGUGGGAGACUCCAGUGCGCUGAUCUUCAUAAGGGUCCUUCGUACCCAUGUGAUGGUGCGCGUUGGAGGGGGUUGGGACACAUUGGAACACUAUUUGGACAAGCAUGACCCAUGUCGCUGUGCUGCCUUUGCCCAUCGAUACCACCAGGCUAAGGCCAGUGGCCAAAGUCAGGGAGGCCAGAGUAAGUCUUCAAGCGCACAUUCAUCCCGCUCCACAAGUCCUGGUCCCCACUGGCGAAAUGAUGGAAUGGCGCCAUACAAACCACCCGCAGACAGACGCCCGUUGGAUCCCUCCUCCACACCUAGUGCCUCUUCCGCUCCUACAAGGCCAAGCCACCCUCAGAACCCCUCGAGUACAUUGGAAGCUGAACCUCGUGCCGGUCUUCCACAACCCCCCAGAGAUCGCUCGGAGGCUCGACCCUUUAACCCUCUGAGGAAUCGAGAUACAACACUGCCGGUAACCAGACGUCUCUCUGGAGACAGUGACUCUUCCACGGCGUCCUCCAAAGGAGGAGGAGGACGUCUCUCUCUUACUGGAACAUCACACCGCUCGAGUGAAGAAGUUGUCCUUCUCGUCAAUCGCAAGCAGGGCAAGCAUGUGAUCGAACGGCCUGGAAAUCAGAAUGUGUCCCGUACUUCACUGCCCCGUGCGCGCAGCCAAUCUCGGGAACGCUCGGCACUAGCUCCAGCACUGAAACCUAACCCACCUCAAGGAUCAGAUGGAUUAAGAAGCGCUCGGACAGAAAGGGGCAGAUCCCUUUUUAACGAAGGUCCCAGGAGGCUCCACGCACCUCGUUCGCACAGCCAGGGUAAGGUACCUAACCACACUCGAUCCAGUGACGCCAUAUCAGGGCCCGGUACCAGCCACAGGGAUACUCAACCAGCAGAGAAACAAGAAGACCCUCGCAAUAAGCAAGUGCCCCCGCCAUCACCUCGGAUAGGUGGAGUGUUGUCCAAAAGGCAGUCAUCCUCGUGCUCCAACUCACCCCUUAAAGGAGUUCAAAACAACAACAACAACAGUCCCAGUAAGAAGACUAUUAACACUCCUAGACCUCCUCGCUUACCCUCCACUGGAAAAGGUAGACUCCUACCUCCAGUUACCUCAGGAGGACGGCGGUCUCCUCAUUCAUCUCCCCGGAAUUCUCACCACCAUGCUGUCCACACUCCUCGAUCGUCUCAUGGCUCUCGGCCUAAUGGGCGAGGCCUAUGUAGAACCUGGUCUGGUCAUGGCCGUCAGGAUCCAGAAGAAGAAGGACAAAGCUGUGCCUUCCAGAUGCUGCCAACUCUGGACCCUCAGAAAGAACAGGACCUAUAUCGCAGCUUUGAGGCUGAGUAUUUAGCCAACACAAAGCAGGCCAGAGGCAGGGCGGGGCGAGUAAUGGGCCAGCAUGCUACUAGAACCCAUUCAGGACCUGAUUCUAAUAUCACAGAUUCUGCUUAUUCCUCCUCUAACUCGUCCUCUUCCUCUUUGAACGUGGGGGCAAAGAUACGAGCCCUGCCAGAACUUAGGGAGUCCAAAAGGGGUAACCCUUGCCACUUUCCCUUGGAAGAUCCCUUGAAUUUACUUUAUGGACACAACUUUGGUCAAGGCGACGCGGAACACUGGAGAGAACAUGGAGGGAAUCUCAAGAAGCUCCCAGCUAUCUCUAGCAACACCGAGACACAUACUCCUUUUCAUGGAGAGUCUAACAAACUGGUUACCCCCCAAACUGACCUCUGCAAGAAUAUGAAUGGAGACCAUAGGGGACAACAAGAUGAUAGAUGGGACAACAAUUCAGGAGAUGUCCCACUAGAGACUCAUCUGCCAAACCUACCAUAUGAUGUACAGAAUAGUAACGGCAGUGCUGACCUCCCACCCCCAGAGGCCUGUCCUUUACCCUUGUCCGAGGAUUGCUCCUAUCAAGACUCCUCCAGUGAAAACUCUUCAAUGUGCUUCAGCCUAAGUGAAUCCCACUCUGAAUCUCCCCCGCUGACGUCUCCCUUGGCUAACGGCGACGCAGGCGGAAAUGCACUACACGGUAACAAAGAACAAAAGAAGACGGAGAGUGUCCUAGUUUCUAAACACAAACUUGCAGCCAGAAUGAAACCGCGUGCUGACAACGGUCCAGCAAACAACCCCUCACGCAUUCCUACACUGGUCAGCUUCAGAGACGCGCAGGGUCACGAGACACUUUCACCCUGCCACACGCCGCCACUCUCCCCUCGUAGUUCCCGUCCUCCCGCUUGCAACAAGGAUCACACCUUUCCUGGAAAAGCAGGGAGCUUAGACACUGAGGCUUGCAUGUAGCACAGAACUAUAGAGACAACCAGGGCAUGUUGUCCUUACUCUUGACUACUGUGUAAAAAAUACUUUGGACUAAGCUAUGGACUGUUUUAUUGCAUGUCACGUUGCUUUUAUUUUGCACUCUAGCCAAAUCAUUUAUUACCAAAGGAAUGGUUUUUGACAUGGAUUUUACUGUCAGUGAUUUUAAGGUGUGUUUGGGGAACGUUUUGCCAAUAAUGUUUUCUUGUUUUGACUCUUACAGCGUUAGAGAGAGCAUAUGUGCCCCAUUGAAGGGUAUGGAUAAGUGCCGGAGAUAAAGCUGCAAUUUUUACAAACAUACGCAACACCUUUGUCAGUUUGAUUGGCGCCCUCUGGUGGUUUGCUAUGGCCUUGCAAGUACCAUAACUGCUACAACUGGUCAUGCCUUGAGUUCAGUUCUGUUAAAUUUGUGCCCUAGUGUGUCUGGUCAUUGUGAUUACCUAUUGAUUUCACCUGUUGUGGCCUGCUCCUUGUGUGUUGACUAAUCCCCUGCCUCUUGAAUCACCUACCUGUUCCAGAUUACCUGGUGACCCCAUGUUUGUAUUUAGGUUCCCCAUAUGCUGUCUGUUCUUCGUCAUUGUCCAUUCCUGAGUCAGUGCCCUUGUGUUCAAGUUCCUGAGUUUACCAGUAAGUUUUGGUAUCUUUUGUUUGAUCCCCUGGUAUUUUGGUUACCUAUUAUUAAAGCAUUUUUUAGUUCUCCGAUACCCUGCCUUGCCUCCCUUGUUGAUUUCCCUGCGAUUGGGUCCGCCCGCCUCCAAAACGUGACAAAAUGAUGCAACCCCUCGUGGACCCAGCGGGAAAAACUCAUCAUCAGCGGGCAGGUUGAAGGCCGUUAGGUCAACCUGAACACACCUGUACUACAUCACAUUUUUUCAGACUUGGAGGAUCAUAUUUGAUAUGAUCUCCUAUACUGUAUUCAGACUCGGACCCCGAUUUGGAUUUUCUGCCAUAUGUUUCAUUCCCUGUUUCUGUCACGUGGGGGUGGAGUGGAGGACCGAAACGCAGCAAAAAACAAAAGGCUAGGAAGGGUGGCGGUGAACUAAAAAUGAUUUGAUGUCAGUAAACAAAAAACAAAGUACAAACAAAAGCAGUGGGGAUCUAACAAAAGACCAGGAAUCAAAACUUACUCAGGAACAUGAACACUAGAGCUUUGACGCAGGAAUGGACAUGGAUAUCGACACUUUGCAUAAACAAUGAUGCAACAAAAACAGUAUAGAACCUCAAAAGGGUCCAAAUUAAAGCAACACGUUGUAACUUUUCAGAUUUGGUCAAUUUUAGCAAUGCCGGUGGGCAAUGCAGUCGAGCGUUUCCCAUGAGGACCAGCGCUGCGUUUCUCAUGGGAAAUAGUAAUAGUAGUAAUUGUAAUAAGGUAAUGAAUCCAGUUGUGGCUAAACGAUGACAGUUAGCAACAAUGUGGCUUAGUGUGGCUAACCCCCCGCUCCACCCGAAUUCUGACGAGUUAAGUUGGGGGGUGUGGGGGGGUAUCACGCCAGCGUGUGAAAGCCGGGCCAAUGUUUAGUCUGUAUAUCCUGGUUGGCUCCCCUUUUUUUCCUCCUGAGACAAAACUUUUUGUCUCUUUUGUUGCUCUGCCAUCUUUGCAGAAUUCACGCGAAAGCGUUCGCACAGACGUCGGUAUUUGUAAUGAAUGGGGAAAGGGGGAAGUGACGUAUGCCAUAAAGCAGUUAACACAUUUGUAGUUUUUGUUAGUGUGUGUGUGUGUGUGUGUGUGUGUGUGUGUGUGUGUGUGUGUGUGUGUGUGUGGGGCAGGGUUCCUGCCACCCUCAAAAGUAUUAGUGCAGGUGAAAGCAAUACAGACCCCUUCAAGAUAUAAAGAGCCGUCAUUGAACUAUUUGUCAGUUGACAUAUCACAGAUGUUAUGAAAAUAUUUUAUAAAAGUUGAAAAGUUACGUAGUCUUGCCUUAAAUGAAUGAAAAUGACAUUUUGAAAUAAAUAUCCUUAAUUAAUAACAGACAAAUUGUGUAAUAUGGCCCUUAAAUUGUAAAAUAAGGUAAUAUUAUGAGAUUUUACAAGAUAAAAGGCUCGUGGAGUCUGGCUAGCUGACUAGCAUUUGAUAGCUUCACUUUCAGAGUUUCUCUGAGAAUUUGCGAACCGGUUGGAUAGUGAUGAACGGCUUUACCUCAGCCUGAGCGAGAAUCUCAGCAGCAGUGUGUGUUUGAUUAGAUGCUUUCUGGAAGUUUAACAGUUCAUUGACGCUACCAAAUGCUAGCGCAGCUAGCCAGGCUCCACGAUCCAUUCAGCCAAUCACUUAACUGACCCCAAUCUAUGUAUUUGAUUGACAGCACAUGCUUCAUUGUGCUGGAAAACGACAUUAUGAAAUAAAAAGGCCAUUGUGGAAAAAGACAUUAUUAAAAAAUGGCUGUGAAAAACGCCUUUUAUCUUAUAAAAUCACUUUCAUAAUAUUACAUUUUUUCUACAAUUUAAACCAACACUAGGUUGUUGACUGACAACUAGCUGAAUGACACCUCUUUUAUAUCUUGAGAGGGUCUGUAUUGCUUCCACCGGCACAUUAUGCUUCUGCAGCAGACCUACGCUGCCAAGGCAGACCCGAUUUACGACCCUUCGCCGUAGCCUGAUGUCCUUCUCCACAAUUUUCUGACUUCGCGUCACGUCAACGCGUGGAGAGGUGACGCAAAUGGACUGGACUGGUCCGGUCAGACUGUAGAAUUUGUAAUGUGACUAACAAUCUGUGUGCGGCAUCAACAGUCCGACAGACCACCUCCGCAACAGUCUUCUGCGUCGCCGGCCCCUCAACAUUUGUAUGAUCAACAUUUGUUGUUCAGUGUUGAUGAGCUAAAUAUCAACAUUCAAGCGUUCCAUCUCCGUUGGCAUUGUUGUGUAACCGGAUGAAAACUAGAGGAAGUCAACAAGAGUCCCCCAAAACCGUACAAACACAACGCCACACACCUCUAGUGGCUUGGCGGUGAAUUACAAAGCAACGUGUUCCCUUGCGGCAGAACUAUCGAAUGCUCAUUGACGCCGUCGUCUUUACACCGUCACCGCAACGCAGAAGCAUAACUCAGGCUUAAGCCACACGGUUGCUAACGGUCAUAUGGUAUUUUUAUGCCACAACUGGAUUCUUUACCUUAUUACUAUCCAUCCUUUACACAACCUCUGGGAACAGAAAUGUUGUUUAAUCCAUCUGCAGGCGACCGGGAGAUUUUUGAUAGAUUGAUGAUUUUACGACACUGUGUAGGUGUGCGCUGGUCCUCAUGGGAAAUGCCGUGCUGGUCUUCAUGGGAAACACUGUCUUCCGUAAGGCAAAACACUUCCGUUUUUGUCCACUGGGGUCACUAAAACAGACCAAAACUGAAAAGUUACCAAGUUAUAACGCAGCGCUGGUUCUUAUGGUCAACACAGCCUUCCUUAAAAGUGUUAUUUUAUUUUGACUAAAUUCUUGUGAUUUUGUCCAAAGUAUGGCUGAGUGUGAUAACUAAGUCAUUUAUGAAUAUUUUUUCACUUUCAACCACUCAAAAAUGUUCAUUGGCAUCAGACCUCUCUACACAUAUAUAGUUUUUAUUUAUUUUUUAUUUUAUUGCCCCCUAUGGACAUUAAUAGCAGUAUUAUUCUAAUAGCAAAACUAACU